AUGGCGGACAAAAUACGCGAAAACCACCAGUACUUGCGCCAGAAAGAAAUCUACGCGGGCAUCGGAAACGCUGAUACUUCCCGCGAGGAGUUUCUCACCAAUAUCCACAGAGAUACGCUUGCGUCCUUAGCCAUGCACGAGAACUUGCUCAUGUACAACUCGGUGGCCACCAACACACACCCUCUUCUUUUGAGGCAAGAGCUCAUCAAGAAAAUGGUGCAGCCGUUGCAAAAGCCGGAUGACCGCGAGACCUGA